AUGUCGGAAAACAUCAUCGAAAUCCCGUGUGCGGACGCAGAUGGCGACUUCAUCUCGCUGGACCUCGACAAAGAUAUCCAAGAGGACCCCGAGGAGAUCUGCGUGCUGCUGGAAAACGAGCGAUGUGACAAGGCCUUCUGGCUCGCCAUUGGUCUGGCAUACUCGUCCAAGGGCCUGACCAACGAGGCGAUCGAGGUGGUGACGCGGGCUCUCAAGUCGCCGUCAAUGAAGGAGUCGGGAGAUCGGCUGCCUCUGUACAACUGCCUGGUGUGGCUGUUUCUCAAGCAGUACCGGGCUGCCCCUGUGGAUCAACGAUCGGCCGUGCUGGAAAAGGCCACCGAGUACGCCAACAAGGCCUUCUCCAUCGACAAAACGUGGCGAGUCAAUGUGCUGACCGAGGCCGUGUUCAAGAUCCAGACCGGCGGCUGGGAUGGCGCUCUCACCAACUUCAACACCGUGCUCCAGACCCAAAACACAAACCUGCUGGCGCUCAUGGGUAAAGCCCGUGUGCUAUACGAGAAGAAAAACUACCGCGAGGCGCUCAAACUGUACCAGUCCGUGCUGAGUCAGCGCCCCUCGAUGAAGCCCGAUCCGCGAAUCGGCAUUGGACUCUGUUUCUGGAGCCUGGGCUCCAAGGAGGAGGCUCUUGCUGCGUUUGAGCGGGCCAAUGAGUUGGCUAAAGACAAGAACGCCUUUGUCAAGGUGAUGCUAGCCACCUGUCUGUUCGACAAGGCGCUGCAGAACGUGGCCACCGACGACUUUGAAAAGUACUACGCGCUGGGCAUGCUGCACGUCAAGGACUCAUUUGAACUUGACCCUAAGCACGCGCCCACGUUGGUGCAGCUGCAAAAAUUCUUCUUCACCAAGCGAAACACAGACGCCAUCGUCAAGCUGGGAGACACUGCCAUCAACCAGUCUGAAAACCCCAAGGUGCUGGGUCAAAUUCACUUCUGGAUGGGCCGGGCUCAUCAGCUGGCCGGCCAUGUGCAGCAGGCUCUUGAGAGCUUCCGUCAGGCCGAAAAAUUUGACCGGGACAAUGUCGGUUACAAGCUUGGCCGUGCGCUGGUGCUGUGGCGUUCCAACGUUCAGGAGGCCACACUGUUGCUGGACGGCAUUCUCAACUCCAACCCCAAGUGUCUGGAGGCCAAGGUUAUGCUCGGGCUCAUCUACGCCGAGCAGGAGUCACCCAAGGCGCUGCCAUUGCUGCAGCACUGGGUGGCUUCAAAGGGAGACGGAGCCGUGGACGAGGAGAUCUUUCUCCUGCUGAGCAAGCUGGAGAGCAACCCCAAGGCUGCUGUUGAGCACCUCAAGCGAGUGAGCAGCGAGGACGAUCCCGCCACUCUCAACAACAUUGCUAUUUACCAGUACUCCGCUCACGACUACGAUGCCGCCCAGGCCUCGUUUGAAAAGGCCAAGGAGGUGGCUGACGAAGACCAGAGCGUGACCAUCACUUACAACAUUGGUCGAACUCUGGAGGCCAAGGGCAAGACGGAGGAGGCCCGCAAGAUUUACGAGUCCAUGCAGUACCCCGACGCUGAUAUUCGACUGGCAUUUUUGGACAUUGUUGAGAGCAACGACGGUGGUCGGCUGGACGCUCUGAUGGAGCGCAUGGUGACCAACCUCGAGGUACGAGCUCUGCAGGGCUGGUAUCUGCGUCGAACUCGAAAGGCCGAAGAGACGCAUCUCAUCAAGACCCUGACGGACUUUGACAAGCAUGAUGUCUACGCUCUAGUGUCGUUUGGCAACUGGUACCUUACCAAAGCACGAAGCAUCAAGCCUAAAAACAACUCAGACGUGGAGAAGAAAAACAAAAACUACUUCAAGGCAGCCGAGUUCUUCAGCAAGGCGUUGGCUCUUGAUCCCAAGUGCGCUUAUGCUGCCCAGGGUGUUGCAGUUAUUUUUGCUGAGACCAACCGAGCGGACCUGGCCAUCAACAUUUUCAAGCGUGUGAGAGAAACCAUCACCGACGACAUUUCCGUGUUUGUCAAUCUGGGUCACUGUUUUUUCGAUCUCAAGCAAUAUGACAAGGCGAUCCAGUCUUACGAGGUUGCCUUGGACCGCUUCAAGGGCGGCUCAGACGUGACUCUGUUGUCUCUUUUGGGACGAGCCUGGUACGCCCGAGGCAUCUCUGCCAAGCAGCUCAAGUACCUGGAUACGGCAUUGGAGCUCUGUCGAAAGGCCGUGGAGCUGCAGGCCGAUCCCAGCACGACCUUCAACGUGGCCUUCAUCCAAUUCCAGGUGGCAGAGGUGCUGCGAAAGACCGAGGCCAGCAAACGACAGCUGAGCGAAAUCGAGGCUGCGAUCAAGGGAAUGACCGAGGCCAUUGCGUCGCUCAAGGAGCUGGCUUCCUCCGACACGCCUCCUUUCCCCAAGGAGGAGCUGGAGCAGCGAGCGUCAAUGGGUAACACUGUAGUGAAGCAGCUGGAGCGUGCACUGGCGGAACAGAAGGAGUACGACGAGGCCAACAACGCCAAGCUCGAGGAGGCCCGGCAAUAUGUCCUGCAGCGGGAGGAGAAGGCUGCCGCCGAAAAGGCAGCUGCCGAACAGGCCGCCGCCGAGAAGGCCGCCAAGCUCGAGGAGGAGCGAAAGCAGCAGCAGCAGCAGGCGCUGGAGUGGGCCGAGCGAAUGCGGGAGUUCAACGAGGCCGACGAAAAGGUGGAAAAGACGUCCAAGAAGUCCAAGAAGGCCCUGGACGAGUUUGUGGAGGACGACGACAAUGUUCCCAUGGACGACGUGUCGGAUAGUGAUGACGGCGACUCUGUGCCCAGCAAGCGCAAGUCCAAGAAGGAGGGAGGAGCACCCAAGAAGCGAAGAUUGAUGAAGAAGUCGCAGCUUGAGGACAAGCCUGAGGGUGAGGAGGAGGCCGAGGCCAACGGAGGAGAUGCAGAUGGAGAUGCAGAUGGUGACGACGACAUGGACGAUCUGUUUGGAGAUGACGACGAGUAA